GCCCCGCCUCUUCCUGCCGCUCCGGCUGUAGCUACUCCGCUCGCCUGCUGUUUCCCGGCACAGGCGGCGCGGGUGUAGCGGCGACAGGCGCGGCAGCUUGUGCCCGCUCUCCUCCCCUCGCCCCCUCCCCGCGAAGAGGCGGAGCUCACUGUUCCCCGCCCGCGGCUGGGGGCUGUGGCCAUGCUGCUGCGCGGAGCGGCGGCGGCGGCCCGGCGGUGCGGUCCCGGCCCCGGCGUGGGGCAGGCGGCGGUGCGGCGGCGUUGCAGCGCGGCGCGGCGACGAGAGUGGGUGCCGCCGCCGGGCCGGGACAGCGGGAUCGUGGCUUACAACAGUCGGAGUCGGAGCAAGGAGCCGUUGGUGCUGGCCACGGAAGGAGUAGCGACCUGGUACAGCUGCGGGCCGACGGUGUACGACCGGGCGCAUCUCGGGCACGCGUGCUCCUAUGUUAGAUUUGAUAUAAUUCGGAGGAUAAUAUCCAAGUUUUUUGGAAUCGAAGUUAUCAUGGUGAUGGGGAUCACAGACAUAGAUGACAAGAUAAUAAAAAGAGCCAAUGAGAUGACUAUAUCGCCGGUAGCUCUUGCUCGUAUUUAUGAAGAAGACUUUAAACAAGACAUGGCUGCCUUAAAGGUCCUUCCUCCUACAGUGUAUAUGAGAGUGACUGACAAUAUUCCUCAGAUAAUUUCCUUUAUAAAAACAAUAAUUGCUAGUGGACAUGCCUACGCAACCUCACAAGGCAAUGUUUAUUUUGAUGUUAAGUCCUGGGGGAAAAGAUACGGAGUAUUAACUGCUAUUUAUCCUGAUGCCCAAGAUGAACCAGUUGAUACAGAUAAACGACAUAGUAAAGAUUUUGCCCUGUGGAAGGCUGCCAAACCUCAGGAGCUAUCUUGGACUUCUCCCUGGGGAAAAGGAAGACCAGGAUGGCACAUUGAGUGUUCCACGAUAUCAAGUGCAGUGUUUGGAAAGCAGCUGGACAUCCAUACCGGUGGAAUAGAUCUUGCAUUUCCUCAUCAUGAGAAUGAGAUCGCACAGUGUGAGGUGUAUCAUCAGUGUGAGCAGUGGGGGAAUUACUUUUUGCAUUCUGGGCACUUACAUGUUAAAGGAAGUCAAGAAAAAAUGUCCAAGUCGUUAAAAAACUACAUAACAAUUAAGGAUUUCCUGAAGAAAUUUUCCUCGGAUCAAUUCAGGAUGUUUUGUUUGCGCAGCAGAUACAGUGCAGCAGUGGAAUUUAGCGACGAGACCAUGGAUGAUGCAAAGCACCAUCUUCAGGCAGUCUCCUCAUUUAUUAGAGAUGCAAAUGAUUAUAUCAAAGGACAGCUGGUAUGUGACCCUGUUAGAGAAGACAUACUGUGGGAAAGGCUAGCCAACACUAAAGGAACCGUGAAGGCUGCGUUUGCAGAUGACUUUGACACCUCCAGGGCUGUUGCAGCAAUUAUGGACCUCAUUCACCAUGGCAACAGACAGCUUAAGGCUGUUACUAAGGAUGCUGGAUCUCCUAGAAGCUCUGUGGUGUAUGGAAGCAUUAUUUCCUAUAUAGAAGGCUUUUUUAAUGCCCUUGGGAUGUCCUUUGGAGAAAGACAGGUGGCUGUGGGAGGACACAGCUCUGCUGUGCUGCCUAACGUGGUUGAGGAGCUGGUGAGGUUCCGCGCAGAGGUGCGUCGCUACGCGCUGGCGCUGCCCAGCCCAGUGGAAGCUCUGCCCACCGAGGGCCCCGAGCACCAGCAGAAGGAAAAGAGGCAGCAGCUGAUGCAGGAGAGGAAACCUCUCCUGGAGGCUUGUGACAGGCUGCGUGGAGACCUCGCUGCCUUUGGGAUCCACAUAAAGGACCGAGCUGCAGCUUCCACCUGGGAGAUGAAAGAAGGAGGGCGAGCACAGCAGCAGGCUGAGGAGGGAAAAAACCGCUGAGCCUUCAUCCUGGGACUUUGAAAAUUUCAGCUGCCUUGGCAGCAGUUGUAAAUACAAAUACCUUUGUUA